GCAGAGAAGAAGAAAAAAAAAAAGAAAGAAACGAAUGGUUAUGCAAGAACUUGUAUCACUUCUCUAAGGAAGAUGAAUGAGAGAAAGAGGGUUAUAAAAGAUAAUCAUAUACUUUGAGCCAAGAAAAUAAAUGAAAAGACGUAAAUUAACACGAAGGAGACAAGAAGAUGAGUCAGAAGGAGAAAAGAUGAAGACGUGACAAACCCCGUUGUAAAACUACCGCACACACACCCAGCUGACCAAGCUCCGCUAGCAGAUCAGCCAGGACAGAAGAGCGUGAGGUAAUUUGCCCGGGUGUUCGCUGCAUCACACUGCCGUCACUUCAGGAGGCCAGGGAGGACUCGUCGCACCCAGUGGGACUCCGUACGACUCUGUAAGCCAUCCUGCAGGAGUUUGGUAGCCCUCACUCACCCAGCAUGGCCUCCUUCACCUGUCUCACCUGUCAUGUGGCCUUCGCGGAGGCGGAUGGCCAGCGGGAUCACUUCAGGUCAGACUGGCACAGGUACAACUUGAUGAGGAAGGUGGCUGAGCUGCCUCCAGUGUCAAGGGAGACGUACAACGAGCGAGUAGGACAGCAGCAGCAACAACAACAGCAGACAGCAGAUGGCUCCAAGAGGAAGAUUCCAUGCCGUCCAUGUAAGAAAACCUUUGCCAACCAGAAUGCUUAUGACAACCACAUCAAGUCCAAGAAACACAUGGAGGUGGUGGUCGCAAGCUUUGAAGCAACAAGAAAUAAGAAAAAUCUCAAGCAUCAAAAGGGAUUUGCAGCAGCAGCAGCAGAAGAGGACAGUGAUGAGGAUGAUGAAGAUAUUGAGGUGGAGGAGGUGGACAGUGAUGAGUGGGAGGGUGAGCCAGUGGAGCUGCUGGACUGCCUGUUCUGCCACCACCACUCAGACACACUGGAGGAGGAGCUGCAUCACAUGAGUGAGGCACACUCCUUCUUCCUCCCUGACCUGGAGUACUGCACUGAUGUGCCAGGACUUGUCACCUACCUGGGGGAGAAGAUUGGUUGUGGUUUUGAGUGCCUAUCAUGCAAGUGGGCUGCCAGGAGAUGCCCAACGCUGGACUCGGUACGCAAGCAUAUGAGUGACAAGAGGCACGGCAAAGUGGUACUGGAGGGAGACAGUCUUGUGGAAUAUGCCGAGUUCUAUGAUUACUCUGCCUCAUACCCUGAUGCAGGUGAUAAUGUGUCGGCAGAUGACGAGGUGAAGCAGACGGUGCUCUCUGGGAAUGACUACCAGCUGGUGUUGCCAUCAGGGGCCACUGUGGGACAUCGCUCGCUUGCCAGAUAUUACCGACAGAAGCUGGACCCCAAUCGAGGAGCCGUUGUUGUGAAAAAGAAACCUGGUGCAGCCUUCCACAGCUUGAUGGCAAAGUACCGAGCACUGGGCUGGACUGGGGCCUCCACAGCAGAUGUGGAGAGGAAACACCGUGACUUGAAGUUCAUGAGGAAGAUGCAGCAGAAGCAGUGGCUCCAUCUUGGCACCAAGGCAAACAAGUUAUUCCAGCCUCGAAACCAGAACCCUAUAUAAUCAGUGGCAAAUCUUGGGGUCUUCCUGGAGAUGCAAAAUCACCUCACCCCAUCAACUUUGUAUGGAUGGACCAAGAUAAAGCAUCUGAAGUGAUAUAUAUUAAUUACAAGAUUAUAUUGCCAUAAUAUAAACCAACAACAAUUCAAUAAAGAUGAGGCAAUAAAA